CCCCAUUUCGAAGCCAUUUUGGACACACAUCACACUAACAUGCACGUAAACCCCGGACGACCUCGCGACGCAGCGCCGCCAACCGCACCGCUCUCCACGCUUGUUCACCGCCAGAAAGAACGAUAAACGCACAUUUCUCCUUCCACGUUCUUUUUUCUCAAGCCAUGCGGGACUAAACGAGACAGCCGGCGGCCCGACUAAUCUGCCCCCUCCGUCUUUUCUUCUCGGUGGUGGUGGUGGUUGUUGGUGGUGUGGUGGCGGCGGCGCUUACAAGCCUUAGCUCGGAGGGGGGCCUGCGGUCGGUUUGACUCUGCCGGUGCUGAGGGGUGGAUGUGCGGGACGGAACCAAAACGGCGGACCUCUGUGGUGGUGCUUUUUAAAGACGGAACAUGUCUUUCUCGUGGCUGACUUGUUCACUUCUGCUGGGAACUUUAUGCGCAGGGUACAGCGUGGGCGAGGCGGAGACACGCGAGUGCAUGUUCUACAAUGACAAUUGGCGCGCCGAAAAGACCAACCAGAGCGGCUACGAGCGCUGCGACGACAAGGACAAAGACAAGGACAAGCGGCUGCACUGCUACGCCUCCUGGCUCAACUCCUCAGGGACCAUCAAGCUGGUGAAGAAAGGGUGCUGGCUGGACGAUUUCAACUGCUAUGACAGGCAAGAGUGCGUCUCCAUGGACGAGAACCCUCAGGUCUUCUUCUGCUGCUGCGAGGGCAACUACUGCAACAAGCGCUUCACCCACCUCCCCGACUUGAUCGGCAUCGGCAACCGAGUGAAAAUCCGGCCUCCGCCCCGAGUGCCGUCUAUGCUGAAUGUGCUCGUCUACUCCCUGCUGCCGCUCUGUGUGCUCUCCUUGGCAAUCAUCUUGGCUCUGUGGAUGUACCGUCACCGUAAGCCCCCCUACGGCCACGUGGACCUGAGCGAGGACCCUGGACCCACCCCUCCAUCGCCCCUGGUGGGCCUUAAACCGCUGCAGCUUCUGGAAAUCAAAGCCAGGGGGCGCUUUGGUUGCGUUUGGAAAGCCCAGUUCAUGAGCGAAUACGUAGCAGUCAAGGUCUUCCCUGUACAGGAUAAGCAGUCGUGGCAAAACGAGCGGGACAUCUUCCUGACACCGGGCAUGCGGCACGAGAAUAUCCUGCGCUAUAUUGCCGCCGAGAAGCACGGCAGCAACCUGGAGACGGAACUGUGGCUCAUCACCGAGUUCCACGAAAGAGGUUCACUGACCGACCACCUCAAGGGGAACACUGUGACCUGGGGGGAGCUGUGCCUCAUAGCCGAGACCAUGUCCCGCGGCUUAGCCUACCUCCACGAGGACAUUCCCAGCAACAAGGGAGAAGAGCCCAAACCCACCAUCGCGCACAGGGAUUUCAAGAGUAAGAAUGUCAUGCUCCGAAACGACCUGAGCGCAAUCAUCGGAGACUUUGGGCUCGCUGUGUGCUUUGAACCAGGGAAACCUCCAGGAGACACUCAUGGGCAGGUGGGUACGCGACGCUACAUGGCACCCGAGGUGCUGGAGGGAGCCAUCAACUUCCAACGAGACGCCUUCCUGAGGAUCGACAUGUACGCCAUGGGUCUGGUGCUGUGGGAACUGGUGUCGCGCUGCAGCGACACUGAGGGUACCGUGGGCGAAUACCUUCUGCCAUUUGAAGACGAGAUAGGGCAGCAUCCCACCCUAGAGGAUCUGCAGGAUGUGGUCGUGCACAAAAAAAUGCGCCCAGCCAUCAAAGACUGUUGGCUAAAACAUCCUGGUCUGAGCCAACUGAGCGAGACCAUCGAGGAAUGUUGGGACCACGACGCCGAGGCCCGCCUGUCGGCCUGCUGCGUGGAGGAGCGCAUCGGCCAGAUCGCCAGGACCACCGGCAGCACUACCUCAGAUGGCCCUGUCUCCAUCGUUACGUCGCUCACCAACGAGGACCUACCUCCCAAAGAGUCCAGUACCUGAACACGGACUGUGCUCCUCACAUUUUUUUAUUUUAUUUUUUCAAACCCAAACUCAGUGGAUCUCGGUGAAUAUUUAAUAACAUGCAGCUGCUACUUUAUCCCCAACACUGGUAUUUCUUUUUUUCUGGGGUGUCGGAUUUUAUUAACACAUCCACCUGCUGUAGUUUGGACGUAGUAUAUAAGCUAUACGACAGGCAACACUCAAAGUCGGUAUUACCUCAUGUAUUGUUUUGCGUUAAUUACCUCAUUAUUUUUUAAACGUUUUUUGUUGUUUGUUUUUUUAAACUUUUCUCCCCACCCCCUUUCCCCGUCAAGUGAACUUUUAAGCUCCAAAACCUCUGGAGGAUUUUGAGACUGUUAGAACAAAAUAGAUUCAUCUUCCUCAGGGGUCGAAGCUUCUCUAAUUUUUGAAAGAAAUUCUUCAAAGUGUGCUCCCCUACUUUUCAAACCUGUGAAUGCCUCCCUCCCAACGGAAAAGUUAAGGAAAAAAACAAAAACAGACAAUAUAUAUAAAUAUAUAUAAUGAAGCACAGUGGCGUUUUAUCAAGCUAAAAUGGGUGCUGGACUUGUUUGGAGAUUUUAGGGACACCGUGUGGUCCCGCGGGGAACUACCUCUCAGGUAUCCAAUAGGCUUCUUUGGUUGUGUGUGUGUGAGAGUGUCUUCUAAUGCGAGAGGGAGAGCCAAGCUAGCUGUCAUUAUGGACUUGUUCCCCAUUCUAAUGAGGAUUUUUUUUUUUUGUUAUUCAUUCGCAUUGUUUUUGUCUGUAGAGUUACUCCUUUAGCCAGUGCCGGGGGCAUUGACAAAUGUUGUCUGGAAUUGCAAUGUUAGACAUUCUUGAUUUUGAGCUGUUGUGUAUGAGUGUGAUUAAUGAUCAUGCAGUUAAGCACAAAAUGAGUCAUAUCCUGGCCAUAAUGUUUGAAAAAGUGGAUGUUUUGAUUACAUUGAAAAGAAUUUAAUAUUAGCUUCUUUUUUUUUUUAUGAGAACAGUGCAGUGAGAAUCACGUACCAGUGUGCAAACCUGUAAUUGUUUUAUCCCAAAUGCAACAAAAACGUAUCAGGCCCAAAACUCUAAAUUAUUUUUAAGUUUGAGAUUCAAAAAUUAAAAAGCAGUUAUAUCAACUAAUAACAAUGAUCAUCUAAAUUGGUCACAGUUCAGAGGGGGUUCGAGUCCACCUCCGGUCCUCUCUGUAUGGACUUUGCAUGUUCUCCCCGUGAUGAUUGAUUGAUGAAUGAUUUCCACUUUCAACAAAAACAUAACAGCCGGGAUAUGAACCAUAUUAUGCUGCACGUUCGCGUUUAUAAGUGAGAGCAGCCGACCCGGCCGCCAUACUUGAGUACAAGCAACAUGUCUGUUUCUGUGUUUUCUCUCGACGUGUCGAACGGACUCGCUCAAGUCAGUCGUUUGUCCCCGGAUACCUCAGUCCUCCACGUACAUCUCACCGGGAGAUCUCAAAACGGUUGCCUUUUUUUCGUCUCUCGCCGAUGCAAUGCCAUGCAGUGGCAGUCGCCGCGGUUGCGUACGUGCUGUCAUACGAACACGAGUACCAUACGUUUUUGAAUGUCCGUUUUUAUGCUGCUCUGACUAUUCCAGGACUCUCAAGGAUUUGUAUUCUUAGCGUGCUCUAGAACCAUCAGUGAUGUGACACGAGGCUAACGUUCUGUUCUUGUAGUUGUUUGUGUGUUUAAUGAUGAUGAUGAAGGGGUGAGCCCUCAAGCUGCUUCCUCUCCUCCAAGACUGACCUCAGAUCUUCUGAACAAUUACCUCAGGCUUUUUUUUUCUACAUGUACAUGGACUUAUGUGUUCUUAAGAUGUAUUUGAUUGUGUUUUUUAUUUUUAAGAAAAAUACUGUAGUCCAGAUGGUUUAAUGUUGUCGGACGGGCCUCCUUGUCUUGAGAUUUUUAAUUACUUUUUAUUUCAAAGAAAGUUGUUUUAAUUUAACUUUUUUUUUUUUUAAGGAAAACUAUUUUACUUUUUGUUUUGUUGACCAUAGCCCCAGCAGUUGUCACACUGUCCACAAAAAAUGAAAAAAAAAAAGACACAGAUUGUUGUAAAUACACUCUGGACGCAAUGAUUUUGUUUUGUAAGGAAAAGGAUUCCCUAUUCUAAAUGUUUUUUUUAAAGGGGUUCUAUAUAUACAGCAAUUAAGGCCAAAACUACAAAUUUUUAAAUUCUCUAGACAGAUAUUAAUUAUUAUGAGUUGACAACCAUCUGAAUGGUUCCUUCCUUAGCUGAAACAAUAGAACUUUCCGGCCCCUUUAAAAUCUGAGUCCUACCCAAUAUUUUAGCAAGCCAGAUGUACAAAAAUGUGCUGUUACCACAUCCUGAACAAAUACUGUACAUGUAAAACACACAACGGCCCGCAUGAUGUUGGAAAAGGAUUAUAGAUGUACUUAAAUAAAUUACAUUUAGUAAUGGACCUUCCACAAAUAAAAAAAAAAGAUAAUUUUGGCCUUAACUGUAUGUAAAAGCAAAAGGUAAGAUUCCCGAUGCUUUUGAACCCCCCACAGUAUUACCUCUAAAUAAACUCAUAACCUGCCGAUGAGACGUUCAGACGUGCUAGUUUAGACAUGUGGUGCUGUGCAAAGAUGGUGACUUUCUUAUCAUUUCUGUAAAAAAAAAAAAAAAGUGCUCUGUCAUGUGUUCUCUGGUCGUGGUGGGGGUAUAAAUGUACAAAAAAAAAAAAAAAGAUUAACUUUGGGGGAAUUUUUUUUUUAAUAUAAUGCAGAACGAUUGAUGUGCACAGUCGAGUGUGUGUAUGAACCGAGGGUCCAGCAAUAUAUCUAACACAGCAAUAGUCAUUUGAAUAUCAUUUGAUGGUCACCUAGCUGUGUGUGCAACAACGACUCCCACCCUACCGGUCCACCCAGGUGCUUUCAAUGCCCCCCUUCCCCCCCAAAAAAAUCACCUCCAGUUCUUCUGACCUCUUACCUCACACAGUACCUCUGUAACUUAGCGUCAUCUGUAAAAAGGACAAAAAUAAUGAAGUGAGCCAGUAAGAGCAAGAGUGAGCCAACUCCUUUUUGGCCGCCUUUAAUGGACGGAAGUUGAAAAGAAAUUCUAUCAAGAAUGCAAGAUGGGAAAUAACGCAGUGCAAUAAUGGGCUGCUGCUCUGGAACUAAGCUUGAGUUGGGCUUGUAUUCACACUGUUCAUUUCUGAUCUUAAAAAGGGGCCGGACUUGGCUCACUAGUUCAAAAUCGCUCAAAGUUUUUUUUUUCUUCCCAUGAUUCCUAUCUAUAUGAAAGCAAAGAAUGUCCUUGUUCUAGUGUGAAUGAUGAGAUUUUCCCCGUUGAUGUGAUGAUUCCUGUGCGAAGAUGUAUGAUUUUUGUCUUGGAAAAUGCGUAGGGAAAAAAAAUAGAUGACAUCUUUUUGUAUAUAAAAAAUAAAAUACAAAUGCAAAUGA